CUUAACCAUACUGAAACAGCCCAUAUAAACUCAUUCAAUCUCUUCAUAAUUUGAUCACAAACCAAAAAUGUCUAUAAUAGCUGAAGUACCAGGCUUCCUCCAAGUCUUUGCUGAUGGUUCUGUUCAACGCUUUGCUCCUGAAAUAGCUCCUGCCUCAGCUGAAUCAUUCAAUGGAUACAGGUCUAAGGAUGUCAUCAUUCACACUUCUAAGCCAAUCACUGCAAGGAUUUUCCUUCCUGAUACUACCACUACAACUACCACUACAACUACCACCCUUCCCAUUCUCCUUUAUUUUCAUGGUGGUGGAUUUUGCAUUGGCUCAACCACUUGGCUUGGCUACCAUUAUUUCCUUGGAGACUUCUCUGUUGCAUCACAAUCCAUUGUCCUUUCCAUUGACUACCGUUUGGCGCCGGAGAAUCGCCUCCCCAUAGCUUAUGAAGAUUGUUAUUCCUCGCUUGAUUGGUUAUGUCAACAAGUAAAAUCUGAACCAUGGCUUGCUCAAGCUGAUAUUUCUCGUGUGUUUCUCUCAGGUGACAGUGCUGGAGGGAACAUUGCACAUCAUGUUGCAGUCAGAGCAUUGCGGAACAAAGCUCUUGAUGUUAAAAUCAAAGGGUUGUUAUUGAUACAUCCUUAUUUUAGCAGUGAAAGGAGAACUCAAAAAGAGAUGGCUGAUGGGGUUGGUGAGCAUGUGGCCAUGAAUGAUUUGUUCUGGAGAUUAAGCAUACCGGAAGGGUCAAAUCGUGAUUAUUUUGGGUGUAAUUUUGAGACAGAAGAAAUGUGUGUGGAAGAAUGGAGUCAAUUUCCAGCAGUGGUGGUUUAUGUUGCUGGGUUGGAUUUUUUGAAGGAAAGGGGGAUCAUGUAUGCAGAGUUUUUGCAGAAUAAAGGAUUGAAGGAGGUGAGAGUGGUGGAAGCUGAGAAGGAGUCGCAUGUGUUUCAUGUGUUUUACCCUGAAUCUGAGGCAACUCGUUUGCUUCAACGACAAAUGUCCGAGUUUAUGAAGAGCUAUUAGUUAGAAUCUUAAAAAGCUAUGCCUGGCCAGUGUAUCCAGAAAGCAUUUCUAAUAAAAUCAAGAUUCAGUUCAAAUUUACA